UAUGUGCUACAGUAGGUGCAUGGUGAUUAGGAUUUAUUUAUGAACUCACACAGACCCUUAUUUAGCAGUAGUUUAUUUCAUCUUGCCAAAAAUGUCUCUACUCCAGGGUGUGUUAAAAUCCAGAAGUGUGUUUUAUCAGAGAGAUUCAUUGGUGUUUAAAAACUCUGGUAACAGGCCCUGAUGUAAACAUGCAGAGUCUGAUGGCAGUAAUUGGCCACAGUUUCCCACAUUUCUUAAGUUAUUCCCAUCAAGGUUAUUUAUAGAGCCCAAAAUCACAUGUUUGUCUCAAGGGUCUUCACAAUCUGUACAGUAUAUAUGACAUACUCCAUCUUCACACCCUCAUGAACAUGUACAAUAAAUACCAUACAGACGGAGUAGACAGCAGUAGCAGUAGUAGAAUUACAAUAGUCUGGAAUUUUGACCAAUACAGACAAGUUUAUUGAAUAAACCUCAUCUAUAUCCCAUGUUGCAAGUCAUAUGCCAUAACCGUGAUGUUCCUCUUUAUGUGUUGAACUGUGCAAAAGGUGACGACCUCAUUUCAACAUGAAAUGUUUUAAUAUUGUUGAAACACUGAAAAGUACAAGCUGAGCAGAGCAGAGCGCCAAGUGUUUUUCCUCUGGAAUGAACUGUGCUUAAGACAGAUGUCUCCCAUAACCCCUGCAUGAAUUAAUGCUCAUCAGUGCUCGUGAUUAUAUAGUUGAGUUUGGAUUAGUCUGUUUCUUUCUUCCUCUGUUUUAACUCUGAUAAAAACGGGAGGCUCUGGUUCUUCUCAGUCUUCCAAAUACCACCCAGUCACAGUGUCCAGUUUCCUAUCAUCUUAUUCAGAUAGCUUUAAUGGUAAUGAACGCUGACAAAAUGUUAAAUUCAAUCAGAUUUGUGAUGAUAAUACACAGUUUUCUGCCAAAUGUGUGUGUGUCCACAGACAUGUUGUAUAUUACAUCCAGGCGUUUCUACCCUUAAACUGGAUGUUUUUGGCGAACAUGUUGGACUGUAAUAUGACUCAUUAAAACACUUGGGAACCUUGUCCCACACACCUCUACCCUACUAACGGUCCCUCCUCUGACCAUCUCACCCCUGCUCUCCUAGCUAAAAUAUUCACUUCUUUAUGUGAGUGACCUGCAACCUAACUGCACUUUCCUGUGUUCCUGAAAAUAAGCCUGUGUGAAGUCUCUGUAAUCGAAAACAGACUUAAAGAGGUAAAAGGUCUCCGUGAAAAAUCUGCAGUGUGUUAUAUGCACACUAGUGAGAGUUUCUGAGUUGAUAUGAAUGCAAAUCCGGAUUUCCUACUUUAAUACUCUCCUUUUCACGGUAAACUCUAGUGCAUAUGCUUUUAUAGGUCGUCAUAGGUGGCCAAGUGAAGGGCGGGAGGGAUGAUGACUGCCCUGACUAAUCUGCAGUGGUUUAAUAUAGAGGGAAAAGGGACAGGCGGUCAGAUAAACAGGCCGUCUGUGAGUCCGUUCCCUGUGUUCCAGCCCAGAUCUGUCUUUUAGCGUCUGCCAAGCCUACGUUAUUCCAGCACGUGGCUUCUUAUUGGACUGAAAAAGGGGGUCUGUCAGUGUGUGUGUGCAUGUGUAUGAGUGAGCAGCCACAGCAUCAGUGUUUUUUGUUGCCCGAUGAGGAGGCAGGAGGCGGACGGGAAAGAAGAAUGUUACGGAGGUCCCCUAGGUGCAGAGGUGGGCACUUUGACUUCAGCGAGGAAGUGGUCAGUAAAGCACACCUCACGGCUCCCAGCUUUGAAGUGGAGAAUGGCCCAUCACUGUGCUGCAGUCCCUCAGACCUGCAGGCAUCCCCGGGUUCAGGUCUGGUUCUACACCCCAACUAUGCUGGCCACGGCCAGCGCAGGGAGUCCUUCCUGUACCGCUCUGAUAGUGACUAUGAACUGUCGCCGAAAUCCUUGUCUCGAAACUCUUCCAUUGUUGGAGAACUGCAUGGAGAAGACUUGAUUGUGACUCCAUUUGCCCAGGUUCUGGCAAGCCUUCGGACUGUCAGGAACAACUUCACCACAUUGACAAAUGUACAAUGUGCAUCCAAUAAGAGGUCUCCUGCUGCAAAUCAGCCGUCUGUCACCAAAGUCUGUCUGUCAGAUGAGUCCUACCAGAAGCUAGCUAUGGAGACCAUGGAGGAGCUGGACUGGUGUCUGGACCAGUUGGAGACCAUCCAGACCUACCGCUCUGUCAGUGACAUGGCCUCCAACAAGUUCAAGAGGAUGCUGAACCGGGAGUUAAGCCACCUGUCUGAGAUGAGUCGCUCAGGCAACCAAGUGUCAGAGUACAUCUCCAACACCUUUCUAGACAAGCAGAAUGAGCUGGAGCUUCCAUGUCCAGUUCCCAAGUCCAGGGAAAGGAAGAGGAGGCAGGGCCAGCAGCAGCAACAGCAGCAGCAGCAGCAGCAGGGUGGGAUGAUGACUCAGAUCAGCGGGGUGAGGAAGGUCAGCCACACGCCCAGCAUCUCCGGGAGCGCCGGCAAUCGCUUCGGGGUCAAGACGGACCAGGAGGAGCUGCUGUCGAAGGACCUGGAAGACAUCAACAAAUGGGGACUGAAUAUCUUCAAAGUGGCCGAGCACUCCCACAACCGACCGCUCACGUGUAUCAUGUACACCAUCUUUCAGGAGCGAGACCUGAUGAGGACGUUCAAGAUUCCAACGGACACCUUUGUGACGUUCAUGCUGACCUUGGAGGGCCACUAUCACUCGGACGUGGCCUACCACAACAGCCUGCACGCCGCCGACGUGGCCCAGUCCACACACAUCCUUCUGUCCACCCCCGCACUGGAUGCGGUCUUCACUGAUCUGGAGAUCCUGGCGGCCAUUUUUGCCGCAGCCAUUCACGACGUGGACCACCCAGGAGUAUCCAACCAGUUCCUCAUCAACACCAACUCCGAGCUGGCUCUGAUGUACAACGAUGAGUCAGUGCUGGAGAACCACCACCUGGCCGUGGGUUUCAAGCUGCUGCAGGAAGACAACUGCGACAUCUUCCAAAACCUCACCAAGAAGCAGAGGCAGACGCUCCGGAGGAUGGUCAUAGACAUGGUACUGGCAACAGACAUGUCUAAACACAUGAGCCUGCUGGCUGAUCUGAAGACGAUGGUGGAGACCAAGAAGGUGACCAGCUCUGGAGUCCUGCUGCUGGACAACUACACAGACAGGAUGCAGGUUCUACGGAACAUGGUUCACUGUGCGGAUCUGAGCAACCCCACCAAACCUCUGGAUCUGUACCGGCAGUGGACAGACAGGAUCAUGGACGAGUUCUUCCACCAGGGAGAUAGAGAGAGGGAGCGGGGGAUGGAGAUCAGCCCCAUGUGUGACAAACACACAGCUUCAGUGGAGAGAACACAGGUUGGUUUCAUUGACUACAUCGUCCACCCUCUGUGGGAGACGUGGGCUGACCUGGUCCACCCUGACGCCCAGGACAUCCUCGACAUGCUUGAGGACAACAGGAACUGGUACCAGAGCAUGAUCCCCCAGAGCCCCUCCCCUCCCUUCUACACCAGUGACGGAGAGGGAGGCCCACACGGGGAGGUUGAGGGGGGACCAGUGGCUAGUAAAUUUCAGUUUGAACUGACGCUGGAAGACCAGGACAGACAGGGUGGAGAAGGGGAGAGCGGGAUGAUGGAGACGACUGACGAAUGUGACGUUGUGACACUCCAAAACCACCCCUCUGAUCAGGACGGGGUAGAAAUGGCGACGCGCGACGCCUCUCCAGCAGAAACAUAGCUGAACUGACGACGUUGUUAGAGCGCAGCAGGUUUUUUGCUGCUUUUGGCUGAAUUCAUUUUAUUGCAGUGGAGCAAUCCUGCAAUCUGGCUCCUUGGAGCUGCCUGGCUAUGAGGGCCUGACUGAAUGUGGGGCACCCCUGCAAAGGAGGCUUGGAAACCCUGUGGCAGUUUGUUUUUGAGCCCUCGACAGGAGCUGGAAGAGUGUAGCCUCUGUUCUUUAAAGAAGGGACUACUGUCGGACUGCAGAGGCAGAGCUGAAUCUUGGUCCUUGCAGACAAAAAAUGGUGAAGUGGACGAGAUGAAUCCGUGUACUGGGACAAGUUUUUAAAGAAAAAAUCCAAAACUUGCACUUCAGGACGUUUUUUAUGUUCAUUACGAUUCUUUGUAUUGUUUCGGGAUUGGAUGCCACCUGGUUACGUGUCCAACCAAAACUACUGGUCAACAAGUUAUUUGUAACCAUGCAGUUUUUUCUAACACUCGUCUAAAAAAAGUUGUGUGCCUUUUUUUACAGCCGUGUCUUUUUGUAAGUGUUUUUAUAAUUUAUUGAACACAUUCAUGUAGCUGUAAAAUGUGUCAGAUUUUCUACAGAAAAGGACAUUCUUUGUCUCACACAGUCUUCCUAAUGUUCUGGCAAUAGUAUAAGCUUGUUCUCACAAAAGCGUUUCAGUGGAUGUAUUUCUAAAAAUCAGUCAGCUUCCCAGCACAAUUUGCACUUUGUGGCAUACAGGAAGAGGAGGAGAGAGUGGAAAGCAUCAGUGAUUUGCAGAAGACAUUAUAGUUAACAUGUAAAACCAAAAUAAUGAUUUUAUUUGAUUUAUCCAACUGUUUUUACCAAUGAUUUAUUACAUAAGUAAUUAAAUAUUAAAUAACUCAUAGAUCAGAUUCUUUGAAAGUGGGAAAACAUUUUGUAUUUUCAAAAGCAUCAAAAAAAAAAAACCUCCAAAGAUGGUGUAAAGAAAGCACUUUGAUUAAAUUCACUGCCACUUCUGAAAAGUGUGAUCACAGGCUUGAAGAGUCAAAUUCCCAACCUGCAGUCAAAUCAAGUCCUUACAUUUUCCUGUAGCUAAAUAAAAAAGUUCAGGCCAAUGAGAGUUAAUCACUAGAUGAAACUGCGCCAAAAAUAGAAUUAAACAUAAUAAUAAAAUUCCAUAGCCCUGUAUUGUGCUGAGCUGUAUUCCCAUAUGGGAAAUUUGUUUCCGCCUUUGUAAUUCCCCUUUUUAUUAGCUCACACACACACACCUGUUGUGGUUAGCUGCAUUCCAUCCACGUGAAUAUGCUUUCACACCGUAAUUCGUUUUGAACUUUGAAUGACUGCACAUUUUAAAAAGACACCUGUCAGCUGUCACCUGUCAUGAUUAACUGUAUUGUAGUUUUUAUUCCAGCACUUUGAAUAUAAUGUCGACAGUUCAGCAACUGGUUGCCGAUCUGUCCAACACUACCUUAAAGGUACCACAUUGUAAGGUGCAACCUUCAGAAUAAGGGGGAGGUCAAUAUCGUGUCAUGAUGUGAUACCUCCUGUAUGUAUGUGUGUGUGUGUGUGUGCAUGUAUGAGUGUGUGUGUAUGUAAGUGGCUACACAGUUGCACAAUCUUGUUGCACCCAGCUGUGUUGUGCUGACCCCUCCAGCUGUUUGGAACAGUGUAUUUAUUAUCUUCUCCUUGUACAUGAUAAUAUUGAUAUUGAUUGAUAAUAUUCACUGUAUAUUUGUUAUUAUUUAUAUGCACUACCACGUGUCAAAAUCACACUUUUGACUGAACUCGUCUGGUGGUUCUGGUGUAUCGUAUUCAGCGGGCUAUUUUGCUACGAGACCAUAACAUGAAGUUAUGCCGUUCAAUUUUGACAAAUUUGAAAUGUUUGGUUUGAGUUUCCGCCCAGAAACAUUUGUACAGUCUGAACCAACAACACCUCAUGUGAGGUGCAGAAUAAGCUUUUUGUUUUUUGUCCUUUUGUUGCUGGCGGAUUAUGAAGGCUGGAAGUUUCCUGCAGUAUAUUUGUGUACGGUGACGGGUCAUUGUACAGCUAUAGGAAUAUUUGCUGAAAUAUAUAACAUUGUUUCAGAUGUAUUUUUUCAGUGUUUUCCUCACAAUAUAUGGUAAAAUGGUGUAUGUUGUGCUCAACAAAUGUUUUCUAUCAGAUUAUUAAAAUGGGCAUGUAUUACAAAA